AGACAAAAAACCACGAACAACCUGGACGUUACCAGAUUUGCAAUACAAGAAAUAACCGGACACCUAGAAACAGAUGCCAGCAUUUGGGAGAAUAGCAGACACAAAGAUAUAUCUCGCAAGACGAGACAGUUCCUGUACAAAGCCAUGCACGGUGCACAUAAAAUCGGAGAAUACUGGUCAAAAAUACCAACAUAUGAACAUCGGGCGAAAUGCACCCACUGCAACGCAGACAACGAAUCCCUAGAACACAUUUUGAUCAACUGCCCAAAUAAUACCAGCUCACUAAUCUGGUCCCUAGCCAAACGAACAUGGCCCCUAAAAUUUGGUAACUGGCCAAGGAUAAGCAUAGGAACAGUCCUAGGAUGCGGAAACAUAAACCUACCACCGUUAACUAGACAAAAUAACCCACCCGACAAUCAACCAGCGAACAACUCACAAAAAGGCGCCUCCAGACUCCUGAAAAUUCUGAUAUCCGAAUCCGCGUACCUAAUAUGGACGAUGAGGUGCGACAGAACAAUAAACGGCACCACAUACACAAAACAAACAAUCACAAAACGAUGGACAUCAACCAUAAAUAAACAACUACAAAUAGACAGACUCACAGCGAGAAGAAUUAACCGCACCUCACCUUUCCAACAGCUCGUUACAUCCACGUGGAAAGAAAUAAUCACCUCAAACAACCCCCUUCCAAAGAACUGGGCUAUCGCCCUAGAGGUUUUAGUGGGUAUUAAGCCGCCCAGGCCCUCUUCGAACGAGGCAACCAGGUAG